AGAGCCAGUCAGAGCGAUGAAGCUCACAAUCUUUUAUUUUUUUUCCAUCCUGACAUGGGUGCAUUUCACCCACUGUCAGGAUUUCACAGCUGAUCUCAUGACGAAAUUGGAUCUGCUUAGGACUGCCACAUUGAAAGGAUUUGAAGACCUUCAGCAGAAGCAGAACGACAUACUAGCGAAGCUCUCAGAAUAUGAGGAACUUCUGCAGGAAAUCCCAGAACUUCAUCGUGACCUGGAACUCGUGAAAGGUGCAGUGAACAGCAACCAGGACUCCUUGCAAAAUUUCCAUCAUGAACUGGAACACGUGAAAGGUGCAGUGAACAGCAACCAGGACUCCUUGCAAAGGAUCCAUCUGGAAACCAAAGGCUGCCUCGGAAGGGAGGACUUGGAACACUUCAAGAACAUAUCAUCAGCAGGACAACAAGAGCUGGAAUCAUCGCUUCGCCAGGGAAUAUCUGGAGUCAUCUCUUUAUUAGAGACUGGAGGAAUAGAUGAGUGCUCAGAGGGAAGCCACAACUGCACUGAUUAUGAGACUUGCAAUGACAAACUCUUCAACUACAGGUGUUCCUGUCUGCCUGGAUUUGCACGGGAUGGUUCGCGCUGUGAAGACGUCGACGAGUGUGCCCAAGGGAAGGACGAGUGCAGCCCCCUGGCAACAUGCAGGAACAAUGUUGGGAGCUACGGCUGCUCUUGCAACCCACCUUUCGAGGGAGAUGGGCGAACCUGUUCCUGCCCUCCUGGAUUUGCACAGAGGGGUUCAAAUUGUGAAGACGUGCACAAGUGCCGUACCCAAGUGAGGGCUGAGUGCGAAUAUCCGGCCGAGGUCCUCAAGGGUCUGGGAUGCGUAAAGCUUGUGACGGAAUGGGAGACCUUUGAGGAGAUGAACGCCACCUGCCACGAGGCAGGUGGCCGUCUCCUACAGGACCUUACACAAGGAGGUAUACAGGAACUUCAUCGGGCUUUUGUUUAUAUAGAAUGGAAUUGGAUAGGAGUGCAAGAAGGGAAAUGGCUGGAUAGCGGACUCCCUCUACAAAAGGAGUUUCGGGCGGAAGGUUCCUGGGGAUCAAACCCUUCCAGGAGGGGCCUGUGUGGCCUCAUUUUUUGGGAUCGUUCUUCUUCUUUGUUCAAAGUGGGUGAAGCUGAUUGCUCAGAUAAGAGAUGGGGUUACUGCCAGUUUGUAAGCCCACAGAAGUAGUCAGUCAACAUGAGGCUGAUUUCUGUGGGAGGAGGAGGCAGAAUAAUAAUAAUAAUUAUAAUAAUAAUCCUGAAUCAAUAAUCCUUCCUUCUCUUCUUUGACGACAAGUGUUUUAUGAUGAUUUCAUUUCUCGUGAAGAUUGUAGUCUGUAGGAGGAGGAGGACUCUUCCUUCCUCUCAGAGGAAGAGGAAGAGACCUAUUUUGUUAUUAGGUCCAUAUUAUUAUAUGUUAUAAAAUAUUCAUUCAUUUAGAAUCUUGAAGUCUUCCUUCUGACUUAAUAUUGACUCUGUUGCUUUUCACUGAUGCUGUUCUUCUGUGCAAACCUCCUCUGAGGAUAUAUUAAUAAUGAUAAUAAUAAUAAUAUAUUUUGUGCUUUGCAAAAGUUAGUUCAUAUAUAGAUGACCAUAACUUUUAUUAUACACUUUGGGAUUAUUAUGGGAAAUGUUUGGCAUAACACAGAAUUGUUAUUAUUCUCUUCAAUGUGACAUUUCAACAAUAUAGUACUACGCAUGUUCAUUCAGCAGCACUUGUUCUUUUAUUGAAA